GCGGCGGCCGAGUCAGUGUGUAUGUGAGACUCUGACGGGUUCAAAAUGGCGGCGGCGGCUCCUGUAAGAGGACAAAGGCGCAGGAGGGACCUGGAGGAAGAGGAGGAAGACAGCAGUCCUGGAGUGUCCUUCUCACUCUCUUCAGAAGAGUCGGAGAUGGAGCCCGAGGAAGAAAGGAUCCGUUACAGCCAAAGACUGCGUGGCACGAUGAGGCGGCGUUAUGAGGAUGAUGGCAUCUCUGAUGAUGAAAUCGAAGGGAAGAGGACGUUUGACCUCGAGGAAAAGCUGUCCACCAACAAGUUUAACUCCACCUUUGUGGUCUUCAUGGAAGGCAAAGACUUCACAGUUGAAUACAUCCAGCGGGGCGGCCUGAGAGACCCUCUCAUCUUCAGGAGCUCUGAUGGCCUGGGGAUAAAGAUGCCAGACCCGGACUUCAGCGUGAAUGAUGUGCGGCUGUGUGUCGGGAGCCGACGGAUAGUCGAUGUCAUGGAUGUGAACACACAGAGGGAUAUUGAGAUGUCCAUGGCACAGUGGGCACGCUACUACGAAACACCAGAGGCCGAGCGUGAGAAACUUUACAAUGUCAUCAGCCUGGAGUUCAGUCACACCAAACUGGAGAACCUGGUGCAGAGACCUGCUACGGUGGAUUUGAUUGACUGGGUUGAUAACAUGUGGCCCAGACACCUGAAGGAGAGUCAGACAGAGUCUACGAAUGCUAUCCUGGAGAUGCAGUAUCCAAAGGUGCAGAAAUACUGUCUGAUGAGUGUCAAGGGCUGCUACACAGAUUUCCACGUGGACUUCGGUGGUACUUCUGUGUGGUACCACAUCCACCGAGGGGGAAAGAUCUUCUGGCUGAUCCCUCCUACACCCCAGAACUUGGAGCUCUAUGAAAACUGGCUUCUCUCAGGGAAGCAGGGAGAUAUUUUUCUUGGGGACAGAGUGUCAGAGUGCCAGCGCAUUGAGCUCAAGCAGGGCUACACAUUUGUCAUCCCCUCAGGUUGGAUCCAUGCUGUGUACACUCCCAUGGACACACUGGUUUUCGGAGGCAACUUCUUACACAGCUUCAACAUCCCUAUGCAGCUCCGGAUUUACAGCAUCGAAGACCGCACGCGGGUUCCAAAUAAGUUUCGUUAUCCCUUCUAUUAUGAGAUGUGUUGGUAUGUGCUGGAGCGCUAUGUGUACUGCAUCACCAGCCGCUCACAUCUGACCAAGGACUUCCAGAAGGAAUCACUCAGUAUGGAUAUGGAGCUGAGCUCCUCAGACUCGGUAAACAUGGAAGAGGAGGAGGAGGAGGAAGAAGAGGAGGAUGCAGCAGGGAAAGAACCCAGGCGACCAGUCACAAGGCGGUCCAUUCUCACCAGCCCCGUAGCCAAUGGUGCCAAUGUGGACUAUGAUGAACUGGGCAGGAGCUGCCGGAGCAGCCUGCCGGGUCUGAAGAAGACCCCAUCUAUAGACUCUUCCGAUUCCAGCCGCGGCUCCCAAAACGGCCAGGCCUGGGACCCGAACGGUGGCAGCCCACGCAAGAACAGGAAGGUGCACCUGACGCAGUUUGAGCUGGAGGGGCUGCGCUGCCUCGUGGACAAACUGGAGUCGCUCCCUCUGCACAAGAAGUGCGUUCCCACCGGCAUCGAGGAUGAGGACGCCCUCAUCGCUGACGUCAAGCUGCUGCUAGAAGAAUACGCGAACAGCGACCCCAAACUGGCACUUACAGGCAUCCCCAUCGUCCAGUGGCCCAAGAGAGAUAAGCUAAAGCUCCAGGCCCGGCUGAGGGUACGCCUGCCCACCAUCCCCAUCACCAAGCCGCACACCAUGAAGCCAACCCCCCGCCCGACACCCGUCAGGCCUACGGUCUCUCCCAUCGUGUCGGGCGCCAGGCGGAGGCGGGUGCGGUGCCGAAAAUGCAAGGCUUGCAUGCAGGGCGAGUGUGGCAUGUGCCACUAUUGCAGGGACAUGAAGAAGUUCGGCGGGCCUGGCCGCAUGAAGCAGUCCUGCGUCCUUCGGCAAUGCUUAGCGCCCAGGCUGCCUCACUCGGUCACGUGUGCACUUUGCGGGGAAGUGGAUCAGAACGAGGACUCGCAGGACUUUGAGAAGAAGCUCAUGGAGUGCUGCAUCUGCAACGAGAUCGUUCACCCUGGCUGCCUGCAGAUGGAUGGAGAAGGGCUGCUCAACGAUGAGCUCCCUAACUGCUGGGAGUGCCCCAAGUGCUACCAGGGUGACGACGCAGAGAAGGGCCAGAAGCGGAAGGUGGAAGAGAGCGACGACGACACGGCGCAAGCCAAGGUGCUGCGGCCCCUGCGGAGUUGCGAGGAGCCCCUGACCCCCCCGCCCAACUCGCCCACCCCCAUGCUGCAGCUGAUCCAUGACCCGGCGUCGCCGCGAGGCGUGGUGACCCGCUCGUCCCCGGGAGCCGGCCCCAGCGACCACCACAGCGCCAGCAGAGACGAGCGCUUCAAGCGACGGCAGCUGCUGCGGCUCCAGGCCACCGAGCGAACCAUGGUGAGGGAGAAAGAGAACAACCCCAGCGGCAAGAAGGAGCUGUCGGAGGUGGAGAAGGCCAAGCUGCACGGCUCUUACCUCACCGUGACGCUCCAACGCCCCACCAAAGACGUCCACGGCACUUCUAUCGUCCCCAAGCUGCAAGCCAUCACAGCCUCCUCCACCAACCUGCAGCACUCUCCUCGCGUGGUUAUGCGCCACGCACCCACCAGGAUGCCCCUGCGGGGCGGGGGGGAGGAGGAGGCAGCCGCCGAGGAGGAGGAGGAGGAAGAGGAGGAGGAGGACGAGAACGCGGAGGAGGGGGGGGCAGCCCGGCUCAACGGCCGAGGGGGCCGGGCGCAGGAGGGCGAGGAGAGCUGGAUGCAGCGCGAGGUGUGGAUGUCCGUCUUCCGCUACCUCACCCGCAGGGAGCUCUGCGAGUGCAUGCGGGUGUGCAAGACCUGGUACAAGUGGUGCUGUGACAAAAGAUUGUGGACAAAGAUAGAUUUGAGUAGGUGCAAGUCCAUCACCCCCCAGGCGCUGAGCGGCAUCAUCAAAAGACAGCCGGUCAGCCUCGACCUCAGCUGGACCAAUAUCUCCAAAAAACAGCUUACGUGGCUCGUCAACAGGCUGCCAGGCCUGAAAGACCUCAUCUUAGCGGGCUGUUCCUGGUCUGCGGUCUGUGCUCUCAGUACCUCCAGCUGCCCCUUUCUCAGGACCCUCGAUCUUCGGUGGGCAGUAGGAAUCAAGGACCCUCAGAUCCGGGACUUACUCACACCUCCAACAGACAAACCCAGUCAGGACAAUCGCAGCAAACUCCGCAACAUGAUCGAUUUCCGGCUCGCCGGCCUGGACAUCACCGACGCCACGCUGCGGCUGAUCAUCCGCCAUAUGCCCCUGCUCUCCCGCCUCGACCUCAGCCACUGCAACCACCUUACAGACCAGUCGGUCAACCUCCUCACGGCCGUGGGCUCUUCCACACGCAACUCCCUCACCGAGCUCAACAUGGCAGGCUGCAAUAAGCUGACAGACCAGGCCUUGCUGUACCUGCGCCGCAUCUCCAACGUCACUCUAAUCGACCUGCGAGGUUGCAAACAGAUUACCCGCAAAGCCUGUGAGCACUUCAUCUCGGACCUGUCCAUCAACAGCCUCUACUGCCUGUCCGAUGAGAAGCUGAUCCAAAAAAUCAGCUAGAGACCCUCCGCGGGGCAGACUGAGGAGAAGGAAAAGAGCCCAUCCCACCCCUCUCGGAGAGCCGCUCCUCCACAUCCCCACCUUGCCCUUCGUGUCCUGCCGCUGCCUCCCACCUGACUUGGCAGGCAGGGCCGCUGCUGGCCUCACUCCACCGUCCUUCCUCCUCCUCCCCCGGGACUUCUGAUGAUGAAGAUGUCCCGCCAGGCUGGCCAGUACCAGAGGAGGAACGGGCAAAUGGCAGGGAGCCUCAGCCCAGAGGCUAGCCACUCCCAAGGCGGAGGUUGUAAUAGAGAUCUCUGUGCAGAGAAAUGGGGCACCCUCUUCCCCCCCAGCUUUUCCCCUCCUCCCCGUCGUCUCCUUGCCUUGAAACACUUGUCACUUCCCCGUUAGCACAAAGCUUUGAGGGUCAAGGUCUCACCAAGGAAGCGGGAGCAGAGCUGGAACAAAACGUCCCCCUCUCCGUGCCACCACCAGCUCCUCGCUUGUCCCUUUACGGUUUCCCUCGUCCGGCUGCGGGGGCUGUGAUCCAACCCCCCCCGCCAGCUCCUUCUCCCACCUCUCUCACACAUCCAGGCGGCAUUUUGGGUGUCAAGGGCAGGAGCCCUGCAGCCGGGGUGCCGCGGGCCUGACCCACGCCGGCUGGGAGCAGGGGCUUGGCAGCCCCAGGGGGAGGCGAUGCUGGGGGUCAAAACGCGCUUCCCACUUUGGGGUCUCCCCCGGAGCAUCGUCUGUCCCGACGCAGCCCCCCCACAGAGGUGACGGCCGGGGAGAAACCACAGGUACAUCAGAGCUCAGGGAGGACUCAGAAAGCAUCAGGCAGGGGUGAGUGAGCGCAGGGAGGGGGGGACAGGAGCUGCCUCCUCUUCCUCCCCAGCUCCCUACAUGUGGCCCAGCAUCAUGAAGCACUCUAGGGCCGGAGGGGCAAAGGCUGCUCUGUGGCCUGGGACCGAACUGGCACGAGCGCCCCACUGCAUUGUCCUGUCCUACCCCAAACCCUUUUAGCUGCCGUUUUUCCUUUGCAAUGAAUGGUCGGUCCAAAGAACCUCUCUCUAGGGCAGCAGAGAGCUUUUUGCACUUUAAAAAAAAAAAAAAAAAAAAAAAAAAAAUUACGACAAAAAAAAACUACAAAAAAAAAAAAAACACCA